GUGACGAUCGUGUCCAUGCCCCUAUAAAUUUACACUAUCUUAUGGUAACGUUUAAGGACUCAUCAUAGGCCCUACUAGAUCACUGGUCAUUGUCAAGAGAUCGUCAAACCUCAACUCUCCGACGCAGGCUCUUCCCUUUUCCUUUCGUCAACCACCCUAACCUUUUGCAGCAGCCUCUCAUUACAAUUUCUCCUUCCCAUCCAUUCUCUCUCUCUAGAUCUCUCACUCACAAUGCCGAUGCUAUGGAAGGUGUUAGUGCUGAUGUUCUUGGCCAUUUUCUCUAAGGCCAGCGGUGGUGGCGGCCGCAUAAAGCCGUGCUCCAGGGAAGAGAGCAAAGCACCCGCAGUGGAGAGUGAGUUGAGCUACUGCGUAAGCUGGAGGGUCGCAGUGGAAGCCAACAAUGUGCGUGGGUGGCGAACUGUCCCUCCUCAGUGCUUGCGCUACCUUGAAAAUUACAUGCUGGGUGGGCAGUACGAGAGGGACCUGAACUUGGUUGUGGAUCAAACCUCUGCCUAUCUUGAUGGGAUUUUGCUUUCCAACGAUACCGUGGAUGCUUGGAUCCUCGACAUUGAUGAUACUUGCCUUUCCAAUAUUCUUUACUACAAGAACAAGCGUUAUGGGUGCGAUCCAUAUGAUCCAAUAUCUUUCAAGAAGUGGGCACUGAAGGGAGGAUCUCCUGCAGUUCCAGCAGUCCUCCAACUGUUCAGGAAGUUGGUUUCAAGUGGUUUUAAGGUUUUCCUUCUCACAGGUAGAGAUGAAGCAACACUCACAAGAGCCACCAUUGAUAAUUUGCAUAAGCAAGGUUACGUUGGCUAUGAGCGCUUGAUAAUGAGGAGUGAAGCUUAUAAGGGACAAAGCGCAGUGGUGUUCAAGUCAGAAAUCCGUAAAGAACUAGAGGGACAAGGUUACAAGAUUUGGGGAAACGUUGGAGACCAGUGGAGCGACAUCUCUGGGGAUUGUUUGGGUGCUCGCACAUUUAAGCUUCCUAAUCCCAUGUAUUUUGUCCCUUAGAAAAUGUUACCCGAAAAUAAAAAGCAAACGAAUCUUAAAGCAAUAUAUUAUUGAUAGAAGGAAAAAAGCUACAAAUAUCCAAGGUGCAUGGAAGCUCAUUCGAGCUUGAAGCUCAAGCAAUCUUUAAUGUAAAAAGAACCAAAAAACAAAUAAAAUAAAGGAAAGUAAAAA